AGCAAUGAAGCAAAUAUUCUUGGUAAUCCUUGCUGCCUGCCUCCUCGCAAUAAUCUUGGCGUCGCCAACUGGAAAACACCACAAAAUGGAUGAGAACGCGUUUGGAAUCAAUAAUCGUCACUGCCAACGCGCACUAAAGGUCUAUUCAUUUGCCAUCUGUGGAGCAAUAUGUCAGAACUAUGAAAAGAUUCUCAUGGAAGGAUGUGGCUCAACGGUGAUGCUCACCAUGCAACGCACAAAACUUAUCUGCUGCCCAGAGCCAGUUGACUCAGAUGAACUAUUCAAUUAAUAAUUUAAGUUAAUCUUUUCUGUUGCGUUUAUUGCUACCUCUUGUUAACUUCCUGUUGAAAAAUAGUAUAGAAUAAAGUGAAAUCUGUUGAAC